AUGGACCGGGUGGUCAAGCCCAACGUCGCGGUCCUGCGGGAGUGCGGGCUAGGUGCUCGCGAUAUUGCCAAGCUGCUCAUCCAAAUGCCGAGGAUCGUCACCGCCAGUCCGGAGCGCGCCCUCGCGAUGGUCGCGUGCGCCGAACGCAUUGGUGUGCCCCGUGGCUCUGGGAUGUUUAGGCAAGCGCUGCAGGCUGUCGCGUGCUUCAGCGAGGAGAAGAUUGCCGCCAAAGUGGAACAGUUGAAGAAGACAUUGCGGUGGUCGGAUGCCGAUGUCCGCAUUGCUCUGUGCAAGUGGCCCACUGUGCUGAGGUGGUCAAAGGGCAUGCUGCAGCGCAAGUCCGAGUUCCUCUUCUCUAAGGUGGGCUUGGAACCGGCGUACAUUGCUCACCGUCCGGCAAUACUCGGUCUUAGCUUGGAGCGCCGGCUCGAGCCCCGGUACUAUGUUAUGAGGUUUCUUAAGGAGAAUGGAUUGUUGAGUCAUGGCAGAGACUACAAUAGUAUGGUCUUGGUCAGCGAGAAGGUAUUUGUGGAGAGGUUCAUACGCCCCCACAAGCAAGCUGCACCACUCAUUGCUGAAGACUAUGCAGCCGCUUGCACAGGGGAGGUGCCUGCUAGAUUCAGAUUUACAUGA